CGGUUCUGGGUGACAGCUGCCGCGGCCGCCAUGUCGCACGCCGGCAGCAGCGGCGACUCCUCGCCGGACUUGCGCCGCCGCCGCUCGCGCCUGCCGGACGCGCAGGAGGACACGGCGGAGGCGGAGGCGGCGGGCGAGAGGCUCCGGCAGCUGAACAUCGGCGAGGGCGACGACAGGGAGCACAACAGGAUGAUCCGGAGCCAGUAUCGGGAGCUCAUCUCCACCGUGCAGCAAAAUCGAGAAGCCAUGCUGAAUUCAAAAAGCAACAGGCUGACAGAAGCUUUGGAAGAAGCCAACAGACUUUUUGAUGGAGUUUGCCGGGCACGAGAGGCUGCACUGGAUGCCCAGUUCCUUGUUAUAGCAUCCAAUAUAGGAAAGGAGAAGGCCAAUGAGUUACACUCAGAGAUGUCAGCAUUUGAUUCAACAGCAUUUGCAGAAGACUUGCUGACCUUCAUGGGUAUAAAUCGCACAGAAGUGGAAGAAACUGAUGACUCUGAGGAUGUUCCAGGUGGUUUUUUACCUAAUGAUGCCUGGCAGACAAUGGGGCAAGAAGCACCCAAGUAUUUCAGAAGAGCACCUACUUUUCAUUACAUGAUGGGAUCUUUCAAGUCUGAGCUUCCUGUACGAAAGCAACGGAUUGAGAGGCAGAAGAAAGCUAGCAGAGGCAAAGCAGAACGGGCAAUGCCUGCUCAGUUAAAAAAAAUGGAGGAGUCUCAUCAAGAAGCUACAGAAAAAGAAGUAGAGAGGAUCUUGAGAAUAUUGCAAACUCAUUUUGAAAAUGAUCCUAAUACACCCAUUUCCUUCUUUGAUUUUGUGAUUGAUCCGAACUCGUUUGCACGCACUGUGGAAAAUGUGUUUCAUGUGUCCUUCCUUACCAGGGAUGGUCUUGCAAAAAUAAAGCUGGAUGAAGAUCAAUUGCCAAUAAUAGAGCCUAUAAAACCCGGUGAGGGAGGGGAGGAGGACAGCAGAGCUGGAGCACGGAACCAGGUGGUCAUAAGUCUGGACCAGAAAGAAUGGAAGGAGAUCAUAGAAACAUUUCAGAUAAGAGAAGCCAUGAUUACCCCUCCUUAUCAGAGCACUGAAGAAGAAAUGGAGACAGAGUGAUUAUUCAAGUGCCUUAAAGAAUAUACUUCAGGACAUUUUUUAUAUGUAUAUGUUGUAAAAUUAAAUUUAUUUUUUCUGGAA